GUUCUCACAUCAAAAAAAACUCUCGAUCCACUUGACCUACAGUUCAUCCACAACCUUUCACCUUUUUUGAUCUUCAGAAGUAAAAAAACAGUACAAAAUGAGUUGGAACCACUUUGUUACUACUCACCAACAUGGUGAUACACGUACGACCAUCAUCUGGGGCCAAGCUCCGCCGCAAUUUAUUCCUUAUCCGAUGCCACAGCCUGUGCCAGUGUCAAGGCCACUAUCCAUGCAUCUUACUUACCCGGGCUAUACAUACCCACCAGCGCCUAUGAGUUGGCCACUGGGACCAGCACCGUCACAACCCCCGCCUUAUUCAAUGGCAGUGGCAUCAUUUCCCUUCGCAUGGCCAUACCUACUUCACCCAUCACAACCUCCUCCUCCUCAUUUUAUGCCAUGUCCACAUCAUCACGAUAAGUGUCAUCACCGCUUUACUACUGCCGUAAAUUCAAAACCUGAUACAAUAAGCAAGCUCAAAAAGCUGCCUGGCAAUAUGAUGGAGCUAUUUUCACCUUCUAUCAUCGGCUAUUGUGCAGACUUUGUGGUCUCGGGCCUCGCGUCAGGUGGUUUUUUUUGAGAUUUUUAUAUAUUUGGCCCAUUCUUUGGGUUGUCUUCUUCCUGAAAGGUGCUUUUAUAGGAUCCUCCUUGUCGAGCAGAUACAAAAAAAUGUAUUGAUGUAUUUUAUUUUUAUUUAUUAUUUUUUUCUGACUCCUGAGAUUCACUCAAUCAAA